AUGCUACCCACUCCUGAAGUCAAGGAUAUUGACUAUGACAAAGUUUACGAACCAUCAGAAGACUCUUUUCUUCUACUUGACUGUUUUGAACAGGAGCAAGACUAUAUAAGAAAACGGUUUGGCAACACAAGUCUGCCCUUGAUUACUGAAAUAGGCAGUGGUUCAGGAAUAGUAAGUACGUUCUUUGCUAAACACAUCCUACCCAAAUCCGUUGUCUUGACCACGGAUGUGAACCCCCAUGCAUGUCAAACUACAUUGAACACAGCUAAGCAGAACCAAACAGAAAAUGAGACACUUCGGCUUGAUGCUGCUCAAAUGAACUUGACUGAUGCCAUUAGACCUAAAGCGAUUGACGUAUUGAUCUUCAAUCCUCCGUAUGUGCCUGCUUCAGAAGUUCCAGACAUACCGAAGGACGAAGCUGAUCCAACCUGGCUUGAUUUAGCAUUGCUUGGGGGUGAAGACGGUAUGGUUACCACUUGGCAAGUACUAAAUAAUUUGCAAACAACCUUAUCCCAAGAUCAAGGUGUCGCAUAUAUUUUAUUCUGUGCUAGAAAUAAACCUGAUGAGGUUGCUGAGAAAAUGAGGCGUCAGGGCUGGCAAGUUGAUCUUAUCAUCUCCCGUAAGGCUGGAUGGGAGGUCUUGAGUGUUUUACGAUUUGUUAGAAACUAA